AUGGGGAAACGCCAAAGGUGAGUGAAAUUUUGACUAUUUUCUUGUAUUAACAACUGAGAGAAACUCUAUUUUUAAUAAAACACGGUUUCAAUUUGUUCUAUAAAGUAGUUCUGAUUUGUUUAAAGCCGUUUUGUUGACCGAAGCGAAGUCAUUUUGCUGUUGUUUAGGUCUUUUAAACCGGAACGAAUUGUAGAAACUGAGUAAUUUAUUGUUGGGUUUUUUUAAUUUUACUCCAUAAAAGUGUGUGAUAUUUUGUGCUGUAGUAAGUAUAAGCAUUAUAGCAAUUGUCUUGACAAUUUACUGGGCAAGAAAACUAAAAAAAUAGAAUAUUGCAAUAACAUAAUUCGCAAUUCGGCCAUCUUGUUUUGGGUGUUUGUUACAAUUCAGUUGCUUCUUGUAUAUUUUUCUAUUUCUGCAAUGCUUUGGACACUCGAUAAUAUCCUCACAGACUAAUAAAAUUGCUAUGCCUUAAACGAAAAUAUAUGCCGUUGAUGUUUGAAGCCCUGAAAACAUUAAAGAAACGUUGUUUUGAGCAAAUUUCUUGACGAAUGCCAAUUUUGCAUGCUACCGGAUGAAUUUGGAACCGCGCUGAAAUUCAUCCGUUUCGGCCUUCCGUAUACACGAGAACCAUGGAGUACCGAUAGAAACCACAGCAAGUUUCUAAUACUGUGUACACUGCAUAUACCCUCACGUUUGAGAUAUUUUUUCAAAUAAACAACGGCUUAUUGUAGUCAAUACUACCUACAUGCACUAGAACCCCACGUUUGAGAUAUCGUUUUCAGGUAGUGCAGAAAUAAACAAUAUGUUGACACUUUAUACAAGAACGAGCGAAUUAAAAUACAUCGGUCACGCGAUAUUCCAUUUUAUUUGCCACCAAAUACAAAACUAGCUACCGCAUAUUUGAUAUAUCUCAUCGCAUAUGCCCCCCAUUCGCUAACUGUAGUAUUUUGCUUUACAGCAAGGCAACAGUAGUCUUGUCUGGGUCUGAUCAAGAAACGCCACAAGAACACAUCAACGAAGAUAAAAUGGAAGUGCCAGUCGAGAAGGAAAUCACUUCAGAUAAUGUGGGUGAUAACAGCACACAAAAUGUUGAAAAAGUACAACUAGAAGGCAUGGGUAUGAAUACGUUAUUUCAAUAGUUUUCGUUUUUUUUGGGACACCCUUUAGUGCCGUUUAGAAAACAAAGAAAACAAAAGGCCAAGACAAAGAAAACAAAACAAAGGCCUUGUCAAAGGCCUAGUGUGACGGUGUUUGACCUAAUUAUUCAGCAAACCUAUACCAACCCUGAUAAUUCCUGUGUUCUUUGAAUUUGUCUAACAAUAACUAAUUAGCAAAACGGUAGGUUGAGGCAUGAGACAUGAGUCAGUAAUCACAAAGCCUAAUGAGGUUAUUUCUCGGGUGGAACUAAUUAUAAAAGACAAAGAAAAACUCUGCUCCGCGCGCACAAUUCCGCCUAAUAAUGUUGUUUGACUAUUGUCUUUUCAUAUAUUGAUUAUUGUUUUGAAAAGCCCACUGGUCACUGUUCUCUAGGGUGUCCCAAAAAAAACGAAAACUAUUGAAAUCAGCAAUAACAUUUAAUUGUUAGAAUUUGAAUGCCUUAGCGCUCUGUUGGUUCCCACGAGUGCAUAAAUGAUUGACAUAAGUGAAUUUUAUGCAUAAAGAAACUGUUUAAGAAGCUGUUUUUAAUUCCCAGGAGCAGAAAAUCGCGCACUUCACCAGGAGAUAUUCCUAACUAAAUUCUAAUACAUGCGCCUUGUCAAUAUUUUACGCAUCAUUACGUCCAGCUGUUUGGUAGGGCAUUCAAAUUUAACAACUGAUAAGGAACACCGCGGAAAAACGUCUGCGCAUGCACCAAAUUAUGAAAAUAUGGCGGGGAAUUUGAAUAUCAAUUUCUAAAACAAAACAUGCUUAUUAAUUGGUCAAAAAUUAGUAAAACAAACGAGAAAAUAUAGCAAAUGGGUAGACUAGACAUUAAUUGAAAGCGUCCUGGCAUUUAAAGUAUGGAAUGAAAUAGAAUUCAUGUAAAAAAUUGUUGAUUUUAACGGACACGACUUCGAAAAUUUUUGCAAAAUUAUUCAAAACAAAAAUUCAAACUCAAAAGUUAAGAAAACUCUCGAAAAGUUAAGCUUCUUAACCCACUCAAAUUGUAGAAUAAAUCCUAAAGUUUAAUUAUUGUGAACACGCAAUUUUUUUAUAUUUGGCGACACAGUUUUUUUUUAAAGAAUUGUAUCUCAAACGAAAUUCGGAAAUUGUCAUUGCUUAGUUGAUAAACAAAAUGUUUGAGACGAUAAAUUUGUCAACAAUCACCUUUAGUUCAUGUUGUUGUACAAUACAAUUUCUUGAACCUUCUGGCUGUAUUUAUUUCUAGUUUUUAGAAUGACAUGUUUAUUUUUGCGCUUGAAAUCUGGCUGUAAAGACGCACAAUGAAGUCACUCCUUUUUACCGCCAUUUUGAGCCUUCGGAAACGUUCGGAACAGCUUCUCAUCAAGUUCGCAAUACUAUUACAGGUAAGGUUGACGCAUGCGCAGACGUUUUUCCGCGGUGUUCUGAUAAGGAGGCUCCUGAAGGGGUAAAAUGGGAACUGGGAUUGAUCUAUUUUUAGACUGGGAAAAUGGGAUUUGGGUUGCUGGGACUGGGAUUUGGCCACUGGGAAUGGGAAAUGAAGUCCUCAAAAAUGGGAAUGGGAUUGAGGUAAUGCGAGUCGAUUCCCAAUUUUUCUACGUUUUAAGUAUUUUAAAAUACAAUUUUGAUCCGUUUUGGGUGUCUUUUGUCAUGAUUUUUGUUGUUAACUAUAUUAUUCACAGCACUACCUGCGAACAGGCAUACUCUGGCCCCCGGAAUUCUGGGUUUUCUGAUUAUGCGUGUCUCAGAAUGCUGCAAAUGCCAUUUCCGGGAUUCAAAUUUAAAAAUUUUUUGUGCCUUCGGCACAAGCCCCCACCCCAAUUUCAUAAAGUGUGCGCCACUUGCACACACGGUGGUUUAUUGUAUCGAUAAAUAAAGGGGUUUUUUAUUGACUGGGAUUUCAAUAACUCGGACUGGGAUUUCUAAUAAAAAUCCAAUUGGGACUGGGAUUUUGCCAAAAUUUCAGGUGGGAAAUGGGAUUGGGACCCCCCCCCCCCUUCAGGACCCUCGAUAAGUGAUUUCAAUAGUUUUCGGGUUUUUUGGGACACCCUGAAUAUAUGCCAUCCAGUCAUUGAUUGUCAGUUCAAUGGCUUAUUUCUGGCUGCACAAGCUUAUUUCUUUAGGCUUGGACGACGCAAAUAUCGGCAAAAAAGCUUCUUAAUUCUUAAAAUAUGUGAUGGUAACGGGUAUUAAAAAUGUUAAAUCUUGUCAUGUAUACGUUAGUUUCAAGCUAGAACUCCUGCCUUAUUCUUAUGAGCAUCAGUUGAUCUUCCAGUAACCAACGCAAAAGAGGUGAAAGCUGGCUUGGCGUAUGAAGUUGUGAUAAAACCAGCACUCGAACCAGAGAAGAAGCCAAAUAUCGAAUCCCCUGCCAAAGAAAUUACCAAAGAAAUUGUUAAUAAGAAGUUAGUUGAGGCCGCACAUAGAAGAAAGGUUCGGUUAUUGUACUUAAUUGUUAUUGUGAAAUUAUAUUAAGGCCAAAAAAAAAUAUGUGGGUUUCCGGUUUCUUCUUAUAAAAACUUAGGUAGGGUAGGUCGGUUUUAACUUCUUUUUUUAACUUUUUUUUAAUUUUCCGAACAAGCGGACGCCAUUUUGUUUAGUCAGUGCUUCCACAUACAAAGAUAAAUUUCCCUAAUAUUGCCUCAAAUUUCAAUUUUCCACAAACUUUUUCCUCUAAGUGGAAACACUUACAACCAUGAUCCAAUAAAAAAGUUUAGGGUCGGGAUUUCGACGUCCAAAAGCUAGGUAGGGUCGGGAAACCGGAAACCCACAUAUUUUUUUUUGGCCUAAUGGGUGAUACCAGCUGCAGACUAAAUUUUGAUCAAGGCAAGAUGAACGAAAUCCAACACCACAGCUAGAAAGAGCGUCUUAGAAUGAGCAAAACUGCAAAGAUUGGUUGCUAAAUGUUGUAAAACUAAUAUAGCCCUGUGAAGUUCGCAAAUUUUGUAUAUAUUAUUAGGCAAAAAAAAUAUGUGGGUUUCCGGUUUCCCGACCCUACCUAGCUUUUGGACGUCGAAAUCCCGACCCUAAACUUUUUUAUUGGAUCAUAUCAUGCUUGUAAGUGUUUCCACUUAGAGGAAAAAGUUUGUGGAAAAUUGAAAUUUGAGGCAAUAUUAGGGAAAUGUAUCUUUGGAUGUGGAAGCACUGACUAAACAAAAUGGCGUCCGCUUGUUCGGAAAAUUAAAAAAAAAGUUAAAAAAAAAGUUAAAACCGACCUACCGUACCUAAGUUUUUAUAAGAAGAAACCGGAAACCCACAUAUAUUUUUUUUGGCCUUAUGGUAAAAAUAACCGCCUUCGGCGCAAUGCAAACUUUGCGAGCUUCACAUAUGUUCACAGGCCUAUAUUUUCCUUAUUUUACAAAAAUUCGCAACCAAACUUUGCAAUUUUACUCAUUUUAAGAUGCUCUUUCCAGCUGUUGUGUUGGUUUCCUUCCUCUUGUCGAGAUCAAAAUUCCGUCUAUACCUGGAACCAUCCAUUAUUACUAUAGUGCAUGACAUUAGGUGAAAUGAUCAUAUAGCCUGUGUCACGUUUCAAAGGACCGUCUGCGAGUGAAAUGAUUUGCUAUUUAGAUUCUCGCAAGUGAAAAACACGAAAAAAUUGUGGCGGAAAUGGAGCAUGUGAAACAAGUGCAUCAUGUUCGCACUGAAAGUGUGGAAGAGAAGACGAAGCAAGUCGCUGUGAAAUUAGAAGAAAAACGCAAGACGAUUGAAGCGAGGCAAGAAGCAGCGAGAAUCGAGCUGGAGAAACAACGCCAAGCAAAACAAGAACGUUUUAAAGAUGUUUUACAACAUGCACAUAAAAAAGAAGAACUUUUAGUCAAG